CUGGGAGAGAGUAGUAAGCAAAAUCCCCCUCCUAAUCACAGUCUCGGUUCUAACGGGCCUAUAUAGAGUAUAGACCCCUAUAUAUAUAUAUAUAUAAAAAGAGAAGAAGAAGAUGCAUAUCAAUUCCUGCCUCCAGGCAAGAUCCCUUCCUACCCCUAAUUAAAAGAUCCAUUUCCCCAUAUCCCCUAAUAUCUACACGCUUCACGCUCUUCAGACCUCCCCCGCCUCGAUACACCCAAAUCUUCCUCCCCUUUUUGAAAUCCUUUCCAAUCUCACACCACCACCGAAACCAGAAACCAAAACCCAAUCCAAAUACUAUCAGAAAAACCGUGACGAUGAUGGGUCAGAAGCACUUGCACGAACUCCUCAAAGAAGACCAAGAACCGUUCCUUUUGAAAAACUACAUCUUCGACAGGCGCUCUCAGCUCAACAGACCCGUGCCCAAGACCAAAUUAGACGCCAAGAAGAAACUCAGGCCCAAAGCCGAAAUCUCCAAUCCCAAGCGUAGUGCCCUAUGGAAACAAGCGUGUUUUAUCCCCUUGCACCCGUCACCGGACGUCAGAAAAUCACCGUGGCCGGCGACGGCGAAGUCCCAGAACCCCUGCAAGUGUAAGCGCCAAAACUCCGCCCUGCUUCUCGAGGCCGCGAGGAGGAUCACUCAGAACCAAUCGAAACCCAAGACCCAGAUUAAAAAUGGUGGGUUCGGGUUGUUCGGGUCGGUGAUGAAGAGAUUAAGGGGGAAAAGCAAAACCCGGUCGAGAAAGCGCGAGAUUGGGGGGAAAGGCGGGGUUGAGAAGAGCGAUUUCGAGAUGGGUUUUGGGUGUUCUUGUAAGGAUAAUAAUAGCAGCAGGCGUGAUAGCGGUGCUUCCUUUUCGUCUCGUGAUGUGGAGACGUGUCGGAGGUGGGAAGAGAUUAUCGGGUUUGGAGUUGAAGAGAGUAGUAGCCCUUUCCGAUUUUCGCUUGAGAAGAGCAACUGUGCGAGUCCCCGGAAGCCGGAUUUCUCGUCGCCGGUGACGUCUCCCCGCCGCUGCGACAAACAGGAGAAAUGUGGAAUAGAGGGCAUCCCAAAGAUCCAACUAGAAGAAGAGAAAGAAGAGAAGGAACAGUGUAGUCCAGUAUCAGUAUUAGACCCUCCAUUCGAAGACGAUGAAGAUGGACGUGAGGAUGGCGGUGACGCAGACUGUUAUGAUCUUGAAUGCAGCAGCUAUGCUAUCGUCCAAAGGGCAAAGCAAAAACUGUUGGAAAAGCUUCUUAGAUUUGAGAAAUUGGCAGAGUUGGAUCCCAUUGAACUUGAGAAGAGAAUGCCAGAAGAUCAAGAAGAAGAAGAAGACGAUGACGAUGAAGUUGACAGUUCACUCGAUCAAUUUAACAGCGAGAAGAAUGUUGAUCGAUACACAAGAGAAGUUCUUGUCCGUCAGAGAAAAGACUCGGUAGACAUGAAGAGGCUGGUAAUCGACCUAGUUGCAGAAGAGAAGAGAGGAGGUGGAGGUGGAGGUGGAAGAGAUGACUGUGAAAUGGUGGUGAACAGGGUUUGUGAGAGGUUGGAUUCAUGGAAAGAGGUGGAAUCUAACACCAUCGAUAUGAUGGUGGAGUUUGAUUUCAGAAGAGAGACCGACGGGUGGAAAAGAACCGAUCGAGAGCAGGUGGUGGAGAUCGCCGUGGAGAUUGAGAUUUCCAUCUUUGGAUUGUUGGAGGAAGAAUUAUAUCGGAGCUUUGCUUAACUGGUCUUUUUAGGGGAGAGACUUGUUCAAGUUUCUGUCAUUGAAUUUUUUUUUGGUUCUAAUUUAGAGUUUUUUAAAAUUUUAUUUGCAAGAUCAUUGUCCGACUUGUAACAUGGGGAAUAGUUUAUCAGCAAACUAAGAUGACUAUAGAAGGGUAAUAAUCAGUGCAGUAGCAUUGUUUUAUGUAAAUGUAUGAGCCCUGUUCCUAAUGAGACAUAAUCUGUAUUACGCUUCGCAA